AUGACAAAGCACUGGCCGGAGCAGCGUCUCUUGGCACCACCCGCUCUGUCCCACGGUGGAGAGCAUCAGGACCAUCAACUUGACUUCCACAAGAAUGGACAGCGGAGGUUUCUUGUCAGCAGUGUAGCUCAGAGCUCAUCAGCCCAAUUCUGGCCUCACCACCCGGCUCAGAUGGCUCCUCAGCAGCCGCCGCGCUUGGAGAAACCCUCGGCGCGCACCGAACACAUCAGCAGCUCCGCGGGAUUCAUGGAUAACGCGACACCACCUGGCUCAUCAUACACGAACACUCAAGAUGCCGGCUUUAAGCAUGACACCAUAACCCAGGACACAUGGAGUAGUGAACGGGAGAAAAGUAAUGCCGGCGUUGGGAAGAAAAAGAACUACAAACGGUAUCCAAAACCACCGUACUCGUAUCUUGCAAUGAUCGCUAUGGUCAUCCAAAAGUCCCCAGAGAAGAAGCUGACGUUGUCUGAGAUUCUCAAUGAAAUCAGCACCCUCUUUCCAUUUUUCAAAGGAAACUACAAAGGUUGGCGGGAUUCUGUGCGACACAACCUCUCCUCCUAUGACUGCUUUGUUAAGGUGUUGAAGGAUCCAUGUAAACCCCAAGGAAAAGGUAAUUUCUGGGCUGUGGAGGUGAGCUGUAUUCCUCCGGAGCUUCUCAAGAGGCAGAACACGGCUGUGGCGCGCCAGGAUGAGACAAUCUUUGCCCAAGAUCUGGCGCCCUACAUCCUGGAGGGACACAAGCCUGAAGCUGAGCCGCUUCCUGAUCUGGUCACCUCUCUACCUGUUGCGCGCUCUGGAGACAUCUCCCCGCCCCAGGAGGACUUGUUCCGACCCAGGCUGGACUCCUCCUUCGCUAUCGACUCUCUGCUACACAGCCUUCAGCCAGCUAGCGCUUCUGGGGAUGUGAACGUGGCUGCUGGGGACUGCUGGGGCGACGUGGAGCGACCUCGGCCUUCGCCAGCUCCACGACCUCGUUAUGCCUCCACUGCCCUCAGUGCUUCUGCUAGCUCUACAAGCCCGGCCUCCACCUCCUCCUCUUCCUCUGAUGAUGAAUGGAAAGGAAUGCCUCUAUCUGGGAAGCGAGUUCCUCCUGAUGGUGAAGCAGGCUCGGAUGGUUAUGACAACAACAGGCCGCCGCUGCACAAAUCAGCCAGACGGGAGACUGUUGCACCUCCGUGGGAGCUCCCUACCUCCUACGCUAAAUAUGCUCCCCCUAAUGUUGUUGCCCCACCUAGCAUGCGGUUCGAUGGAGGUCCUUUAAUGUCGCUGCAUGCCGGAAUACCCCUCUACGGUUAUAGCAGCCCUCCUGUGGCACCUGGUCACUUCUUAAGCCAUGCCUAUUGGCCCAUUCUCCCCAGCAGGCGGGUUUCAGUUCAAGCCCCUCCGUUACUCAUGGACUUAGACAGGAUGUUGCAGUCUGUGCCUCCAAAUAAGAGUGUUUUUGAUGCGUUCAUACCUACGAAUCAGAGCUCUCACCCACAUCAUCAGCCACCCAGUCAGUACACCCUGCAGAACGGGGCUUCCUUAAACAGGUACUAUCAGUAUUAA